GGCUUAACACCUAUGUGGGGUGAUGCGAUGACUGAUGCUGGAUCAUUAGGAGUUAUUUGGGGUUGGAUCAUUACCGGACUUUUUACAAUGAUAGUGGCUUUAUCUCUUGCAGAGAUUUGUAGUGCAUAUCCAACGACAGGUGGUCUUUAUUUUUGGGUUUCACGUCUUGCCACUGCUGACUGGAUGCCUUUAGCUUGUUGGGUUACUGGUUGGUGUAACUGGAUUGGUCUAUGUUUUGGUAUUUCUUCUAUUGACCUUGGUCUUUCACAAUUUAUUGCAGGUGUUGUUACAAUUUGGAAUCCUGAGACACAUGUGUCUGUUUAUGCUCAAUAUGGUAUCUUUGUAGGUAUUCUUAUUAUUCAUGGUAUUAUUAAUUCUGUGGCUGUUAGUUGGAAUGGUGCUAUGAAUCAAGGAGCUUUUUUUACAAAUAUACUUGGUAUUGCAUUCAUUGUAAUCGUUGGUCUUGCUCUUACAAAGCCUUUAGCUAGUGGUGAAUUUGUUUUUACACAAUUCUAUAAUGGCUCUGGAUUUAGUAGCAAUGGAUUCUCUUUUUUACUUGUUAUACUUCAAUCUCAAUAUACACUUUCAGGUUAUGAUAGUGCUGCACAUAUGGCAGAAGAAACUAAGGAUUCACAGAGUGGCUCACCCUUUGGUAUCCUCGUGUCUGUUGCUGCAAAUGUUAUUUCGGGUCUUGUCUUUUUGAUUACGAUUAGUUUGAUGGUAAAAGACUUUGAAAUACAAAUUUUAAAUGAAGAUGCGAUUCAACCACAAAUGAUUCAAGUCUUUUAUGAUGGUGUAGGGCCUACCUGGACCAUGGUCUUCUUGAUCUUAAUCAUGCUUAGUAUUUUCUUUUGUGGAUCUUCAUUAUUAUUAGGUAGUUCACGUAUGGUGUAUGCCUUUGCACGUGAUGGUGCGAUGCCAUUCUCUAGACAACUUUAUAGACUCAAUACGAAAACGAAGAAUCCAGUGAAUGCAGUUUGGUUUAAUGUUCUUGUAGCGGGUAUUGUAGGUAUCCUCUAUAUGAUCAACAGUACAGCCUAUGAAGCCAUUGUAUCUGUCAAUACGAUUGGAUCUCAAAUGUCUUAUCUAGUUCCCAUCUUAUUACGUGUUACUGCCUCACGUACCAAAUUUACCCCUGGACCCUUUCAGUUGGGUCCUCGACUUGGCAUUCUAUUCGGUUGGAUCUCCUCUGGUUGGCUUAUCUUUACCUGUGCUUUAUUCAUCUGUCCUACAGAGGCGCCGAUUAGUGCAGAUAACAUGAAUUAUGCAAUCGUUCCAUUUGCUGCCAUCAUGAUUACUUCUAUGACUUAUUUUUAUUUCUGGGGACGUAAAUGGUUUACAGGGCCUGUUCGUAUGAUUCAUGGUAAAGAAGAAAUCAUAUUAGAUGAAAAUGAUGAAGAUUCUAUUGUAGUUGAAGAAAGAAGGAGAUAAUGAUGAUAUAUUAUUGCAUACAGUAGCAUAAUAAUAACACACCUAUUAUUUCUUGUUAUCAAGUUGUUGUCAUUUUUGUUAAUGCACGAAAAAAAAAAAUGACGUUAACAUGAUGAGAUUAUGGGCGAAUUUUAUUCUAUUUUAUUUUAUUUUUUGCAUAAA